GCUCCGCUGCCUUCUUUGCCAGCCCAGUGCUUCCCAGCCUUGGCGGCCGGCGUGGUGCUCGUGGUUCACCGCCUCGUCGCGGAGAGUCGCUGCCGAGUGGGCGCUCGGUUUUCGGGUCGUCAUGGCUGGUUACGAAUACGUGAGCCCGGAGCAGCUGGCUGGCUUUGAUAAGUACAAGUACAGUGCUGUGGACACCAAUCCACUCUCUCUGUAUGUCAUGCACCCAUUUUGGAACACUGUAGUAAAGGUAUUUCCUACUUGGCUGGCUCCCAAUCUUAUAACCUUUUCUGGCUUUUUGCUGGUUGUAUUCAAUUUUCUGCUUAUGGCCUACUUUGAUCCCGACUUCUAUGCUUCAGCACCUGGUCACAAGCAUGUACCUGACUGGGUCUGGAUUGUGGUGGGCAUCCUCAACUUUAUAGCCUACACUCUAGAUGGUGUGGACGGGAAGCAAGCCCGUAGAACCAACUCCAGCACCCCCUUAGGGGAGCUCUUUGACCAUGGCCUGGACAGUUGGUCCUGUGUUUAUUUUGUUGUAACUGUGUACUCCAUCUUUGGACGAGGACCAACUGGUGUCAGUGUUUUUGUCCUUUAUCUCCUGCUAUGGGUGGUUUUAUUUUCUUUCAUCCUGUCCCACUGGGAAAAGUACAACACAGGAAUUCUUUUCCUGCCAUGGGGAUAUGACAUUAGCCAGGUGACAAUUUCUUUUGUCUACAUAGUGACUGCAGUUGUGGGAGUUGAGGCCUGGUAUGAACCUUUCCUGUUUAAUUUCUUAUAUAGAGACCUAUUCACUGCAAUGAUUAUUGGUUGUGCGUUAUGUGUGACUCUUCCAAUGAGUUUAUUAAACUUUUUCAGAAGCUAUAAAAACAACACCUUGAAACACAAUUCUGUAUACGAAGCUAUGGUUCCCUUCUUUUCUCCAUGUUUGCUAUUCAUUUUGUCUACAGCAUGGAUCCUCAGAUCACCUUCAGAUAUUUUAGAGCUACAUCCCAGAAUUUUCUACUUUAUGGUUGGAACAGCCUUUGCUAACAUCACAUGUCAGCUGAUUGUUUGUCAGAUGAGCAGUACCCGUUGCCCAACUUUGAAUUGGUUGCUGGUUCCUCUCUUCGUGGUUGUCAUGGCAGUAAAUUUAGGAGUAGCCUCUUACAUUGAGAGCAUUCUCCUGUAUGCAUUAACAGCUGCCUUCACCCUGGCCCACGUCCAUUAUGGAGUACGAGUGGUAAAGCAACUGAGCAGUCAUUUUCAGAUCUACCCCUUCUCACUGAGGAAACCGAACUCAGAUUGACUAGGAAUGGAAGAAAAGAACAUUGCCCUGUAAUCUACAGAAAGAAGUACUGUCAAUAGAUGCUUGUAAAUACUUCAUCCAUCACCAUUGAACUAAACUGAUCUGCUUGACAGGCGUGGGGUCUCUGUGUGUUUGGUGUUUGGACAGCAGGAAUGAAACAUGAUCUGAACUUGUGGAAUUGUGGACCUACUAACUCCCAGCUUAUUUUAUUUUAUUUUAUUUUUUUAUAAAACCUUGCAACAUUUUGGUUAAGCAUAACAUGCCUUAGGCCAGCAAAAUGUUCCUACUGAUUUUAGCUUUGUGAGUCCAUAAUGUUUUGGUUCAUAGAAAGUUAAAGAUGCUUGGUUUUUAUUUUAAAAAACCCCUACAUUGGCUUAGGAACACUGGUAAUGUUCAGCAAGCCACAGUAAGCUUUCAGAUCUGGUAUUGGGAAUAGGUCUUUGGCUGGGAGCUGUCAAUAGCCCAGAUCUACUGCAGGGCAGAAGAAUCAACAAACACUCCCAGCAAAAGAUGCCAAUGAUUACAGAACAGAACACAGUUGCCAAAUACCUUUCUCCUUCCAUGGAAAUGCCUUUUGUCCUCAUAGGCUAAGAGAGCUUCUCAAGUAUUCUGGCUUUCUUUAUUAUGGAAUAGAUCUUGAUAAAUGGCUUAAUUUUCUUUGCAAGAGAAACAUUCUUUUGAGACUUGGUAGAGAAUGAGUUGUGAUUACAGCUCAUCCGUGGGCAUAGUACAUCGUUUACAUGUGACAUUUUUACCCCUCAGCUAUAGGUUGCUGAGAUUUGGUGCCUGUGAGCUGUGACAGUAGGAACGCCGGUGGCAGGCAUACAGAUAAUGAACCUGGUAGGGAAAUUUAAAUUGCAGUUAGGAAUCUCUUGAGCCUCACUAGGACCAAAAUGAGUUUUCUAAUUCAAUUUAUUCCUCUGUCCUUGUUUCCUCUUGGUCUCUGUCUCUGUUUUGGGGGUGGGGACACUGUUUUUUAUUUCAUAGAAGAUGAAGCAGAGAGAGUCUCUCUUCCCCAACCUUCCCACUUCUGCACUUGAAGAAGCCUUUUGAUACAGAUGCCUCACUGCGUACGCACUCCCUUUGAUUACACGGCAGUAAUUUUUGAGGUUUACUGACAACAUAAACAUCCCUUUAACUUAAAUGUGGUUUUAUAAGUCACAUUUUUUUUUCAUGAAUGUGGAUUUUUUUUUGACAGUCUUUUAGUUUGGUGGUGGUGAAAUAUACUUGCUGAUUUUCUUUUAUUUUCUACUGAAUGAAGUUUGUGCUUGAAUGAAGAGUGUAUCUUAAACCCUUUUUUUUUGGACAGGUUGCACUUGGAUAAAAUAGGCACCACUGUUGAUAUGUAAUUAAAUUUAUAACCAUUAUUUAUCUAUGAAUGUGACCAUUUGAAAAUUUAAGUAUAGCAUAUUUCUUUGUGAUUCUAGUAUGCUGCUUUGUAAAAAAAAUAACAGUUAUUGAUAUUUCAUUUUUAAAAUUCUAAUCAUUGUUGUCCAGGUUAUUAGAGAGUUAGGGAGCUAGUUCCUAGUUCCAUACUCAAUAGAAAGAUUGUAAAGGCCAAGGUAUAUUUGGUGACUUUCUCUGAGAUAAAAAUGAACACUGGAAAUAGAUGAGAAAUUGAUGAAGGAAAUGUGGAUAGCGAUUCCAUGUUUUAAUAAAUCGCUACAUGCAGUCAGAGGAAGAACCAGGUGAAGGGAACUGUUUUUUGUAUGCCUUGCUCUGUGUCAUCUAUAAAAUUGAUCUGGAUAAAGUGUCAAUUUUGGGGGGAAAGAUACUUUAAGAUUUCUAAACUAUAAUCAUUCACUGCUUUGUUGAUCUUGUACACAAGAAUGAGAUUAGUCUGUACUACAAAGAACUGAUAAAUAUUUAUAAGAAGACAAAUUUGGACCACAGGCCUUCUUCAGCUUGUACAGUGUAGUAAAAGAAUACCCUUUGCUUCUGGCAUUAGGGUCCUGUCCUGGAAUGUAGGGGCUCUUUUACUUUAAAAUGGGCUCUGCCCUCUUACUGUUGCAUCACAUGAAUUUGAAGAUUGUUUUGUGCCUCUGCUCUAUGGCAUUGUUUCCCAAUGGUGAUCAAGGAUGAUGCUACAGUCAGUUUGUUGACCUCGUUAGGUGGACGAAAGGUGGCUGCCAGCUGUGGGGGUGUGCGGAACCUGAGCCAUCAAAUCUGCUGUGUCCUGCCGACCCUCCUGUUUUAGUCUCUGUCUGGAAUGUUUGUCCUGGAAGCCCUUGUUGUGUAGCCACACAGCAGCUAACACGGGACUUCACGACCAGUCGCUCUGUGCGUUUAUGCCAUGCCAAUUAAUGUAAGGUUUCCCAAGGAUACAAGGUAUUUCAAGCUUCCAUGCGCUGUCCUGGACAAGUUCACACCCCAAGUUUCUCCCCGCACACACGGAGCUGCCUUCUGGGGAGCAUGUAUUGGUCACACACAUGUUUUUUUGUACUUUCAGAAUCGAGUGCCUUAGCCAGGCUAGAGGUUUGCAUUGUUUCUGCUGACCAAAAUAGCAUACAUAAGUAAGAGGUUUCUUUUUAAGCUUGUCAAAAUUAAUUCCCUUGUCUUUGAGGGGGUGGAGAGUUUGGGAUGGAAAACCUUGAAUGCUUGGGUAGAGUAUGCUAAUGCUGCCUUUUGUGUUCCUGUAAUAAUAUUCCUAAGCUUGGUGCAACUCCAAAUGUGCUUGCUCCAUAAGUAGAUAGUAGAUACAGUUUAUCUGUUUUGAUCUUAAGCAUAAUAGAGUGAAUAACUCCCAAAUAAAAAACGAAAUAUUCUUCCAUUUCAGUAUGAUUAAGAUACUUUUAAUUCUAGUUUUGAAAAGAAAAUUGUUGCCUGCGAUGUUAUAGUACUGACUUAAUACCAGUGUGUCAUUUAUUCUGAUAGGAAUUGGGAAGAGGAGUGUAUGUCUAGAAUUAGCCACAUUCUGAGUAGAUGCCAGAAGAGUAUUGAUUAUGGCCAGAGCCUGGGCACUUGGGGACAUAUAAAGGAGAAAGCAGGCACAGUACCCACUUCACCGCAAGGAGGGACCAUGUUAGUGCUCUUGGAAUUUGAGAGUUUCCUAAAUGUCCAGUUUUCCAAGAACUCUAUUCUCAUUCAAAAAGCUUUUGGAAUGUAGCUUGUGCUCCAAAGCAGGCUUUGAUUCCGUGACAUCUGGAGAACAAAAAGGCAAUCCAGAAAAUGGGGGAGCUGCUUUUCCCCUCUGGAGUUUAGCCAGAAGCCUGCUGUCAUCCUUCCUCUCCGUUCCUCUCUCAGCUGGCCGGCACGCGGGGCGCAGACAGCCCGUCAAGCCUGGCGUUGUUGCUUCUCGGUCUCACUACAGUCAGAGCCCCGUGGUUGCCUUGGGUCUCAGGACUAGUCCAGGACAGGGAGCGUGCCAGGGGGACCAACGUAAACGUAAGGGGCUGGAAUUUCCACUCUUGGGUCUGCCACAAGCCAAAAACAGUGCAGAAAUCUUUGGUUGUGUUGAUGCCUGUGUUCAGAAUGGCCUUAUCUUGACCUUGAUUCUGGGCUGAUGAAGCCCUCUAGGGAAUCUGUGAAGUCAGACCAGAAUUUUCUUUAUCCCAUGAGGUGUCUUUAUAAGGCAGCAUGCUCUUUCUUGAACACCCUGUGGGUGAAUAACCUUAGUAAAUUAGCUGCCAGUGCUAGAACCUUCCAGGAAGAAUUUUAAUGAGUAUGCUACGUUUGAAGCACUUUGACAUGCAUAUUGAAAGUGACAGUUUUAACAGGAAAAUGCUGUUAAUCACUGUGAAACUUGAUAAUGCUCUGGGCAUUUUAGGAAGCUUAGGUAAAUUUCUCGUUUUAUUAAUUAUGUAACCCACGUGAUUUCUGUGUUUCCAGUCCCAUCUUUGACAGUGGUACGAGUGACUGACGUUGGCAAGCACUUACUUUAGGGCAUAUGCACUUUUCCAGAGAAGGUGGUGAUGUUUGCUUCUUCCUUGCAUGGAACCAUGGGAAUUAGGUUUGUUGGCUAAUUCAUUUCCGCCAUUUUCCACAGUGCAAAGUAAAUGUAACCUUCCUUUUUAACUUGCAUGCUAGUAGUAUGCUUUAAUAGUAAUGUAGCCGUGGCUGGCCUUUUAUUUUUUAAAGCAAGGAUCUGCUCUUUAUCAGACAGAUCUUAAGUUAACAUUUAGGGUAAUGAAAGAAAUGUUGCCAUAGUAACCCUGUCAUAGUUAGCCUUGGCGAGGGGGUUGUGUUGCAUUUGGUAGGAAAGCCAGAUUCCCAGAACUGGGAAGUGCCGCAUGAACUGAUUUUGGCAUAUUUUAACAAGGGCUUGUCUCCAGGAAAAUUUCUUUGGAAAAACAAAAAGAUUGCUUUGCCUCCUAUAGACCGUUCACCUUGUCUUGUUCCUUAGCAAGUGUGGUUAGAAAGGCUGCGUCAGAGCAGGGCCGCUUCCAAAGCCUGCGUCCUGGGCCCUGGCCGCAGGGUAGCUCAGUGCUGCCCAGAGUCGUGCUCUCUGCUGCUGCGUGCAGCCUGAAGCCGAAGCUGGACACUGCUGGCUGGUGUAGAGAUGCCUGAGGCUCUUUAACUUUCUUCUCUUGAGACGCUUCUAUAUGGGUAACAAAAUGAGAAUUUAUUUGGGUUUUUAUUAAAACAUACACAAUUUGCCAUGAAUUCUAGAUUCUGAUUUUUUAAAAAAAAUUUAGUUGAGAGGCAGAGAAAGAGAGUGCUUCCCUCUGCUGAUUCACUCCGUAAAUGGCUGCAGUGGCUGGACAGGAGUCCCGGCUGGGAGCCAGAACGCAGUCUGGGUCUUCCAAGUAGGUGGCAGGGGCCGGUACUUGAGCCAUCACCAGCUGCCUCCCCUGGACUUCAUUAGCAAGAAGCGGGCGUCGGGAGCCAGAGGCAGGAAUUGAACGCAGGUGUUUAGACGUGUUCUGACCUGUGUCUUAGCUGCCACCCUAAACGCCAGCCCCACGCAUUCUGAUAUUCUUGAUAAGCACUUUUUAGGCUCUCAAGAGUAAGUUCUUGGGGCCAGCCUUCUGGCGUAGUGGGUAAAGCUGCUGCCUGUGAUGCCGGCAUCCCUAUGGGCAGAGGUUUGUGUCUGGCUGCUCCAUUUUUGGCCCAUGUGUUUGGACCCCUGCACCCACAUGGGAGACCUGGUUGAAGCUCCUGGCUCCUGGCUUUGGCCUGGCGCAGCACUGGCCAUUGUGGCCAUCUGGGAAGUGAACCAGCAGAUGGAAGACCUCUUGCUUUCUCUCUCUACCUCUCUGUAUGUAACUUACAAAUAAAUAAAUCUUUAAAAAAAAAAUAAGUAAAUUCCUAAACUGGAACAUGUUUAGUUGAAUUGUAACCUCCUGUAAUGAAGGUUACUUUAAUUUUGCAGUGGCUGUGAAUGCUGUAUUACAAAUAUGUUUGAAUUGCUGUUAUUCAGUAUUGGACUUCGCAUUUAAUUACUGAUUGAGACUGCUCACCAUACUAACUUUUUUGUAGGUUAUUUUGUUUGUAUACUUGGCCAGGUUAGAAACAGCCAUUCAGGAGACAGAGACUCGGCUAUGCUUAAUGAGUUAGUCAUUUUGAAAUGUGCCAAGAAGGCAGUAUUCAGUAUUGAACUCCAAAUACCAAUUUUUUUUAAAGUAGUAUUUCCUUUGGGUAACCAGGAAGGCAAUGAAUAAUCGCCAAGAUGGAACUCUGCUGCCGCCCCCCCCCCCCCAAUGUAAUAGAUUAUAUGUGUAGCCAGUUGUAGAAAAGGAAAUAGAUACUUUGUGAUUAAAGUUUAGGGCCCAUGAGCUAAGAAUAGGUGGUAGGUGUCCCGGCCAAAUCCAUUAUUGAUGUGCUUAGCUUGGUCCUGUUGCAGCUGGCUUUCUAUGGUGUUCUGAAGCAGAAGGACAAUUCCAUUCCUUCUCAGGUACCCAGAAGCAGCACCACUAGAGCAAGUGGAAUGUGUUUGCCACAAGCAGACUGUAGCAGAGGGGAAGAUGAAGAGGAGCCUAAAGUCUUAUGUAGUUUAAUUGAACCUGUUAGUAAUUGGUCUGACUAGGACUUGCUGUGUUCUUAGUAAAUUAAUGUAGCAUUUAUUUAAUAUGGUUGUGUGUGCUGUGUGUAUAUAGACACAUCUAAUAUGUACACAUAUACUCCCUGCAUAUGUAUGUAUGAUAUAUUCAUGUACACAUGCAGUCUACUCUUGAUUAUCAGCUAAACGGUAAGCCUUUGUCCGGCUGUUUCUUCAUGUUGACUGAAUCCACGUGUGGCCCAUAACUCAAGCCUCUUCCUGAUCUGGAGCUACAGUCUGUCUGCCAGUUCAUCUCAGUCCUUGCAAGAGGCCCUUGGAGUAUGUCACUUCCUGUUUCCUUUUAACCAGGGAUUAUGUGAGCCAAAAAGAUGGCUGCCUGCACUUCGAUUGAGGCUGCUGGGUCUGCAUGAGGAUGGGCCCCAUUUCUGGCCACAGGGCAGCUAUGGGAGCAGUGAUGGGGAGAACUCUUAACUCUCAGAGGACUCAACUUCAUACUUGCUCCAGUGACUCGGCUGGGAUGUUGUUCAGAUAAGCUGAUGUGCUACGGAGUACAACACAUUGCAAUGUUCUGUUUGCAUUUCCUGUGUUACCGUGCGCCAGUGCCAGCCCAGAUAAUCAAGACUUGACUGUUCCUUGUCACCAGAUUCUGGAAGCCUUGCCCUUUCAACUGGAUUUAUGUUUAUUUCUGUUGUUGUGAAACCCAAAAGUAAUGCAGUAGGUUUUAAUUUUAAAUUGUUUAAUUCUUUUAUGGAUAAAUAUUUAUUGUAAUAAAAGUAAAUAAUUUUUAAAUCCUUUUAA